CUAAUUCAUUAUCGAAUUUCUCGUAGCUUAAACUAUUAAUUAUAACUUGUCGCUAAUUUGUUGAUUAAUAAGAUUGGUGACAAGCUGUUUAGCUAUAGAAUCUAUCUAUCGCUAAUAUUUUUUUGUUUAAAUGUAAAAGAGUAAAUGUAAAGAGAGAGAAUGUGACCUCAAGGUUGCCACCAAUAUUGAUGACAAAUGAAUUGGGAAUAGGUCGAACUCCAGCCCAUUGCUUAUCAUCCUUGAGGACUUGAAGGCCACCAACUUGGUCUUGAUGCAAUAUGGUUAAAGUUUGUGAGUCUGAAUGGAUCCCUAUCUCAACAAUCUUCUCUGGGAGAGGGCAGGGAGGAUAUCUACUUAUCCUAAAGGUACUGUAGAAUAUUUUGGCGACAACUUCUUUUGUUUGUGAAUUCACGACUCCAAAACUAGUUAACCAUAAGAGAAGGUACACACCCGGGGACAUCAUCGAAGAAAUGAAAGUUGUAUAUGGUGUGGAUAUAAAUUAUAUGAAGGCAUGGCGUGCAAAGGAGCAUGCCAUAUCGUUGCUUAGAGGUGGACCUGCAGAUGGUUAUAGAGAAAUGCCGAGAAACAUUUAUAUGUUAAAAAAUGUAUAUCCUAAUUCACACGUUGCAAUGCACAAAUCAUGGGAUAAUCGGUUCAUGUAUCUGUUUAUAGCGUUGCAUUCCAUGAUUAGGGGGUUCGAGUAUUGCAGACCCGUUGUUGUUGUUGACGGGGCACAUUUAAGUGGACCAUAUCAAGGCACUUUCGUCUCAGCAAGUACCCUUGAUGGUGCAGGUGAAGGCUACUUCAACAUAUGUAUAUUCGAUUUAUGAAUUUGGGAGAAGAUACAUUGUUGAUCUAGAAAGUGACACAUGCAACUGUGCGAGAUUUCAAAUAGAUCAAAUACCUUGUGCUCAUGCUAUAGCUGUGUUGAAGUCUAAACAUGUAAAAGAUUUUGGAGAGUACUGUUGCCAAACACAUUGGUGAAGAUAUAUGAAGUUUCAAUCGUUCCAAUGCCAGAAAGAAAGACUGGGAUGUUCCCAGUAGUGUAGAUGAGGAAGAAGUUUUGCCACCGAUUUACAAAAGACCUCCAGGAAGAUCGAAGAAGGGGCGGAAGAAGAAAUCAAGUGAAACACUUUCUUCAAGCACAAACCAUUGUGGACGAUAAGGCCAAGAAAGGCACAAUAGGCGUUCAUGUAGUUUUUUUUCA